UAGCUGCUCUAGCGUUGCUGACCAAAUUGGCCAGACUGGCCUGUCCCAGAACCAUGGCAAAGAACAGACUUGUCAUUUGUAUCCUGGUGGCCAGCUUACUCCUGGACCAGACCAGCAGCUACCCAUCCCGAGCGAAAGCCAGGAAACACAGCAAACGCCGAGUGAAAGAAAAGGAUGGUGACCUGAAGUCUCAAGUUGAAAAGCUGUGGCGGGAAGUCAAUGCCUUGAAGGAAAUGCAAGCUCUGCAGACAGUCUGUCUUCGAGGCACCAAAGUUCAUAAGAAGUGCUACCUUGCUUCGGAAGGCCUCAAGCAUUACCACGAAGCCAACGAAGACUGCAUUUCCAAGGGAGGAACCCUGGUUGUCCCCAGGAAUUCCGACGAAAUCAACGCCCUCCGAGACUACAGUAAGAGGAGUCUGCCAGGUGUCAAUGACUUUUGGCUAGGCAUAAAUGACAUGGUCACAGAAGGCAAGUUCCUCGACGUCCACGGAUUCGCUGUCUCCUUCCUCAACUGGGACCGUGCCCAGCCAAGUGGUGGCAAGCGGGAAAACUGUGUCCUGUUCUCCCAGUCAGCUCAGGGGAAAUGGAGCGAUGAGGCUUGUCGCAGUAGCAAGCGGUACAUAUGUGAGUUCAUCAUCCCUUAAGAAGCCCCUCCUCAGUGUCCUCCCAAGGAAGACAGGUCAUGAUAAAUACAAUGGUAGUCCCCCCUCAACAAACUCAGAUUACAUUUAUUAGUUGCAGAAUCGCAAUGCCAGUAUUGGUACUCAUAGGUACGCAGAGACAGACCAUGUUUCUACCAUAACUCAUUGUAAUAUUACUCUUCAGGUGACAAAGGGGAAUCAGACAAUAAUGACCCAGACAUGGUAAGAAAGGGACUUCUGAUAAUGGGCUGUCAAAUUGUUUCCCACUCUCCUUGUGCCUCUCAGGUGAAUAGACCUGACCUACUUAAAAAUAAUGAUAAUAAUAAUAAUAAUAAUAAUAAUAAUAAUAAUAAUCACAUGAUUCUUCAAGACAGAAAAAGCAAGAUUGGGCUACCGGAAAGAUCUCUCUUAAUUUAGUCAUGGUAGGAAUACAUUUUGAGAAAUGUGUCAUUGGUUAAUUUUCUGGCUAUGUGAACAUCGUAGUAUACCCUACCUGAAAGAACCCUGAGGUUGUAGGAGCAAAACUUCAGGAGGCCUCUAGGUGCCCUCAAGACACGUAGUAGACACAAGUUGCAUGAGGCUUCUGCGUGACGGGCUUUCAGAAUAUAGUUCUUUAAGUAUAUAAUAAAGCAACCAUUGGAAACACAGCCGAGUGUACUCUCUCACCAUCACUAUCACAAGACAGCUGACACAGACAUGUGCGAAACAAAGUGAGGUUUAUUUAGCUUGUCCUUUUAGUGACUCAAGGUCAAAAGUUAAGCCACCCCAGUGAACUGGCCAACGGCGAGGGUGGCAGAUCGUGGCAAGAACAAGUAGUCACAUCUCAAUGCAGAGCAAACAUAGGAUGAGCACGGUCUCCUUUCAAAGCGGUGUCUCCCAAGUCACCCAAGGACAUCUUGGAUGGCUGCACCCGCUCCAGGCACACAGUGCUUUUCAAAAUUGCCACACCAGGGUCCUUGACGGGGACCGCAAACUACCUUCAGACAUAGCAUAUGCUAAACAUAUAAGCCAACACAUUGUCGCUGUUGUCAAGGAUUGUGAGUUGUGUGUGCUUCAUCACUGUGUAAAACUGUCUUUACCACUGUCACCCAGAACACGCAUAAAAUUUACUACACGAGGACACCAACAACAUCUCUAGGCAACAGAAGUUUGACAUCUCCAUCGCAGCCUCACAGGACUACCAUCAAAUAUGCAGUUUAUUGUAGUCAAAAUACUGUGCCGUCUGUGACUCUAUUUGGUCGAUGAGAAUGUCUGAAGUCAGAGAUUCAGGGUGCUAAACAAUCCACAGCUUUUCUAGCACGAUGUUGAUUUUUUUUUUCCACCCUCUUAGCCUGUGGUCCUCACUUUCAGUUGCUGGCCACAUCCCCUGGUGGGAUGCGCCUCUUCCUUGCCACAUCAGAGCAGGGAUGGCUGUCAAAAUUCUCAUCUGACUCUUGAAAUUCCUGGACUCUGGCUUUCUUAAAGGUUCCCAGUUGGGACCCCAUCCCCCACUCCCCAAGUCAGCAUACAUAUUUGAUCAGUUUCUCCUCUUAUUCUAUAAUAGCUUCUAGCCAAUGAGCAGCAUUCAGGCUGGAGAAGAGCAGCAGAUGGUGAGGUCAAAGAAACUAGAGAAAGAAGAAGCAGGGCUGGGGGUGCUUCAGUUGGUAGAGAGCUUGUCAGCAGGCAGGAAGAGCUGGGUUCACAAGAAUGGGACGCUUAAGCCUAUAAUCCCAGCACCGGGGAGGUGGAGGUAAGAGGAUAAGGAGUUCAAGGUCAUGCCCUACCAACUGAACUGCAAGUUUAAAGCCAUUCUAGGCUCCGUGAGGCUCUAUCUAGACAACAAGGACAAAAGAAAAAUGUCCCUUUCCUUCAUGUGUGUAUCCUUACAGUCUCCUUUUAUAUAUGACAGCAAUGUAUUUUUACUUUCUUUACAUAUAUAUUUCUUCAACUAUCAUUAUGCAUCUCAGUCUAUGAAGGGCAAUUUGUCACUAGAAGCUGAAAGUUGGACUCAAAUAAUACUAUUUCAGAGUAACGCAUAUGUGUAAUUUUUUAUUCUAACGAUGCUAUUCCCAUUAAAUUGCUUAACUAGGUUUUAUAAAAAUAACUUCAUUGCUUAAACACAGCAGCAUAAAUUUAAGGCUUAGGGGAAAUGGGUUUUGUAGGAAUAAACAAGUCUGAAUAUAUUCUGUCCUUCAAAUAAAUAUCUUUUCUCUUUUGUGAAUAAUGCCCUGCUCCCAAGAGCUAAAUUACAUAUGCUUGGAAUCAAAUUUUAGAUUUGUUUUUUUUUUCCAUCGCACAAUAAAGCUCCAAAUCUGA